AGGCUCGGACCUUCCUCAGACACAGAAUUCACGGGAAAUAGAAUUCCGAGAAAAACAAGGGAAAAGUUUCCUGUUGAAUCCAUCUCCCCCCCAAACCCACGAUGAAGUUCGAAAGGUUCCUGUCAAUCCCAAUCUUAAUGGUGUUUCUGUUAAUUGGUGUUGUGUGUUACAUCACGGUUUUCAUCUUCAUCGACGAUUGGGUUGGAUUGAAGAGCUCCGCUGGUUCUCUGAACGCUCUGGUUUUCAUUUUCUUGGCAUCUCUCUGCCUCUUCUCCUUUUUUGGCUGUGUUCUCACCGACCCAGGUCAUGUUCCUGCUUCCUACGUCCCUGAUGUUGAAGAUAGUGCGGUCUCCGAUCAAGAAUCUAAGAAAAGUGGGCACUGUGACAAGUGUUCUACAUACAAGCCUCCCAGGGCUCAUCAUUGUCGGGUCUGCCGAAGGUGUGUUUUAAGAAUGGAUCAUCACUGCCUGUGGAUCAAUAACUGUGUUGGUUACUGGAACUACAAGGCAUUUUUGAUGCUUGUUUUAUAUGCAACACUAGGAUGCUUGUACUCUACAGUGAUCAUUAUAAAGUGUGCAUCUCAAAAGGACUUAGAAUUCAGUGGACGUGUUAGCCACAAGGUUUUUUAUGUUGUGUCUGGAAUAGUGAUGGCUUCCUUGAGCUUAAUGCUUGGAACUCUUUUAGGUUGGCAUUUCUACCUCAUCACCCAUAAUAUGACAACUAUAGAGUAUUAUGCAGGAAUAAGGGCAGCAUGGUUGGGUAAGAAAUCUGGGCAGAGUUACAGACAUCCGUACAAUCUUAGUAUCUACACAAACAUCACUUCGGUUUUGGGUCCAAAUGUGCUGAAAUGGUUAUGUCCUACAUCAGUAGGGCAUCUAAAAGAUGGACUUAUCUUCCCUACUCCGCGUGAUAGUUCAUGAGUUUUCUGCCGCUGCCCAAAUUCAGAUUCAGUGGCCCAAAUUCAUGCGUGUACAGCAGAACACAAAGAACGUGAAGCAUGUUCGCUGUAGUCAUCUCUUAAUAUGAAAACAAACUAGGAAAAGGGCAACCCAAUGGAAGAAGCAACUGGAUACGUUAUGAGCUUCAUUAGAUGCAUAAGAAGGUACCAAGACUUUCAUAAAAGGAUAGAGAUUGGCACUGUAGAUUGGAUAUUUUAUUCAAAUACAAACUGGGUAAUACUACCAGAAUAGAAACAAAGUUAGUAAUUUCACGUCUAAAGACCAUUUUUGUAUAUAUUCUUUAUGGGAUGUGGUUUUUACAUACCAUUUUUAACUUUUCA